GCGAAACGAAAUGGUUUCGUUUCGAAAAAUAGUUUUAGCAAUGGGAAAUUGAGUCUUGAUCCUGAGGUUGAUCAAUUGAGUGGUGAUGGUGAUGAUGAUGAUGAAAUUGAUACUGAGGGAAGUAAAAUGGGGUUUGAUUACGGAAGAUUCGAGCUUUACGAAGUGGGUUCCGACGAUGAGGUGGAGGAAUAUUCCAACGGAGAAGAAGGCGGCGUAAAGGUGUUUGGUGGUGAAGGAGAAGAAGAUGAUGAUGAAGAAGAUGAGGAUGGUGAGGAGAUUAAAGAAAAGGAGAAAGGGGUGCCAGCUGUCAUGAGAUGUUUCGAUAGGGCGAAAAUAUUCGUGAAAUCGGGGGACGGUGGGAACGGGGUCGUAGCUUUCCGACGCGAGAAGUUCGUGCCGUAUGGGGGGCCGUCGGGGGGUGACGGUGGGAGGGGGGGCAAUGUGUACAUGGAGGUGGACGGUACUAUGAAUUCGCUACUGCCCUUUAGGAAGAGCUUACAUUAUCGGGCAGGGAGAGGUUCCCACGGGCAGGGGCAGCAGAAGCACGGGGCGAAGGGGGAGAGUUGUGUGAUUAAGGUUCCGCCCGGUACCGUUGUAAGGGAGAGCGAUGGAGAUGUGCUUCUCGAGCUUUUGUAUCCCGGGCAGAAGGCGCUGCUUCUGCCCGGAGGGAGGGGCGGGCGGGGGAAUACCUCUUUUAAGACGGGGGUCAAUAAGGUGCCCAAGAUUGCGGAAAACGGAGAAGAAGGGCCUGAAUUAUGGCUAGACUUAGAACUGAAAUUGGUGGCAGAUGUCGGGAUCGUUGGAGCUCCAAAUGCAGGGAAAAGCACACUUCUGAGUGUAGUUAGUUCUGCUCAGCCAACCAUUGCUAAUUAUCCCUUCACCACUUUACUUCCUAAUCUCGGUGUUGUCUCGUUCGACUUUGAUGCUACAAUGGUUGUUGCCGAUUUGCCCGGUCUUCUAGAAGGUGCUCAUCGAGGUUUCGGAUUAGGGCACGAGUUUCUUCGCCACAGCGAGCGAUGUUCCGUUUUGGUGCACAUAGUUGACGGUUCAUCACAGCAGCCCGAGUACGAGUUUGACGCUAUUCGUCUCGAGCUGGAGUUAUUCAGCCCUGAACUUUCUGAAAAGCCUUACAUAGUUGCAUACAACAAAAUGGAUCUUCCGGAAGCUGCCGAGAAAUGUGUUCUGGAUGCAUGCGGUGUUAAUAAAUCACUUAUUAAGCUAGGCGUAAAGGAGGGCGAUACCGUCAUUGUUGGAGAGAUGGAUCUGGUGUGGCACGAUGCUGCAGAUACUCCGGGCCCCACAAGUAGGCGGAAAAAGUCAAUAGAAAAAGUUGACUAACUUUCUAUUACGAUCGUCUCCCUCUCAAGCUCAAGGAGGAAAUUUGUUUCGGCCUCGUUGCAAAUGAAUAACACUGAAUCAGUGACAACACUCCAACACAAAUCAUAAGAUUGUCACAAUGUCGUGUGCAUAAAAAGAAAGGCUUGUGGAAUUUAUUAACUUUGCAGAUGAUAGUUAUUACUUAGUUUAUGAAACCCUAAUGUAUUUUCUCUAAUGAUAUAAAUUAUGAUGAUUAUUUCAUUUAGCAAACCUUCAUUUUUGUGGAUUAUUAUUUAAAUCAUUUUUUUUUUUUGUUAA